AGUCGGGUGGCCAGCACUGAAUUUCUGGUUUCCUCCUUUCCCAUGAGCACACUUUUGCAAACCUCCGUGAAAUUGUCAACCUUCAAGUCCUUCUCCCCUCAUGACGACUUACACAAGAAGCAGACUUUCGAUUUCUCCCCAUUAGUAGCAAGGCUUGCUUCUAUUCAUGACUCUGGUUUCAGUUCAAGAGUGUACGGCGAGAGAUGGCGCUUCCUGGGUGAAGCGAGAAGAUUCAGAAACGGGGUUUUGGCGGAAGAGAGGAUAUGCUGGGGGAAUAAGAAGAAGAAGAAGAGGACGGUACUGGUGAAGAACAAUCAGGGUUUUGGGUUCAACGGUGGUGGUGGUGGAGAUGAUGGUGCUACUGCGAGGCUUUUGGCCAAUAUUGGUUUAGCUAUUGGCUUAACUUAUCUUUCCAUGACCGGACAGCUUGGCUGGAUAUUGGAUGCUAUUGUCUCCAUUUGGAUCUUUGCGGUGCUAGUACCAAUAGUAGGUAUUGGUGCUUUCCUCUGGUGGGCAGGACGAGAUAUAAUGCAAGGCACUUGCCCUAAUUGUGGAAAUCAAUUUCAGGUUUUCAAAUCCACUUUAAAUGAAGAGUUGCAGCUGUGUCCUUUCUGCGGUCAACCUUUUUCUGUUGUUGGCAAUGAGUUUGUGAAGGACUCUGUGAAGUUUUCAAACCAAUCUACAACAUUUGGACAGGCAUUCAAAGACUUCACUCGUUCUAGAAAUGGAAAAGAUUCUGGUGGAGCGAUUGAUGUUGAAGCAGAGAUAAAAGAUGCAGACUAACUCAAGACUUAGAAAGGGUGCAUGUAGUGGAGAUUUUUGAAAUUUUUAUACCCCGAAGCGGAAAGGCAUCAUAUUCAGCUAAAAGUGGUGUACAUACAAGAGAAUGGAAUGCAGAGUAGAAGUGCAAUUGUCGCAAAAGUUUUUCACACUGAUGGUUCUCAUUAUGUCACUGCUCUGUAAAUUAUCUUGCUCAGUGAUUAUUUACUAUCUUAGAUGUUAGUUUAUGUCUUUAUGAAGGGAAUAGAAAUUUGUAUCAAAAUUGGAUAUCCUACACAAAUAAGCGUGGGAAAAUUCACUGCUGACUUUUAUAUAAUUUA